AUGAUCGAGGUUGUGGCUGGUAAUUCGAGUCGCUCUCUGUCUUCUGGCGGUCAUGUGCCUGGUGCGACGCUACGCCGCCUGGAGGACGAGUCUGACGUCAACCUCCCUCCAAAGUCAAAUGCCGUUGUCCGCGUGGUAGAUGCGGUUCAGCGGUGUGGGACUACUGCUUCAGACUGCGAUGCAGCUCGCGAAUCAUCUGAGUCCUUCCCGGUGAAGGGCUCUGCUAGUAGCGCGGAACCCGAUGAUGGUUCCUACAGCGACGACUCUUCGCAGUCACUCGAGAGUGAGCAGUCGUCAGAUUUGGUGAUAUUUGACUAUGACGACACCAUUCUCCCUACAUACGCGCUCGCGUGCGCCCAGAAGCACUCAGUGGGCCAGCAGUUGGUUGAUCCCAAUACAAUUCGGGACGAGCUUGAUCGGCUAACGGAUGCAGUGUUGGUCAAUUUGAACAACGUCGUUCGCGUGGCCACGUUAGUGGUCGUCACCAACGCUAGCUCGGACUGGGUCAUGCAGAGCUGCGAGCGAUACUUACCUCGCAUUGGGGAGUUUUUCGCGGAGCACAACAUUCGCAUUAUCUCGGCGCGCGACAGAUUAGACAACAGCCUCCUCGCGCAGAAGCACUGGAAGUAUUUCGUUUUUAUCGAUUUGAUAGAAGAACAGUUCAUCGAUAAGCUAAAGAGCGGCGAACCUUUCACAGUGACGUCCAUCGGCGACGGGGCGGAGGAGCGUCAAGCCUGUAUGAAAUUAGCAUCAAUUUUUAAAAACCAGAAAUGGGUUUUCAAGAAUCUGAAACUCUUGACACAACCCACGUUGGGUUGUUUGAUUCAGCAGCACCUGUUGCUGGCAAAGUCCUUCGACAAUUUCUUUGAAAUGAAGACAUCGGCGGAUCUUUGUAUUCUGUUUGACAAAAAGAAGUCGCAGAGCGAUGUUUAG